GAGCAGUAGAUCCACUGGGAUAUGAAAUGCAGUAAUUCACAGAACUCAGUGGCCUUAGAGGAUGUGGCUGUGAACUUCACCAAGGAAGAGUGGGCUUUGCUGGAUCCUUCCCAGAAGAAUCUCUACAGAGAUGUGAUGCAGGAAGUCCUUAGAAAUCUGGCUUCUCUAGGUGACAGAUGGGAGUUCCAGAACAUUGAAGAUCAGAACACAAUUGCCAAGAGAGAUGUAAGGCCCAUUAUAUCUCAUUCUGCAAACAAAGCAUAUGAGAAUAAGGAGAGUGGAGGGAAGACAUAUAAACUUAAACAGAACAGAAAAACCUUCAUUCCUCUCACGAGUGUUCCAAGACAUGUGUCAGAGCACACUGUAAAUGGACCUUAUGGAUGUUUGACAUGGGGAAGAAAGUUGAAUUCCAGUUUUCAAGAAUAUGGAGGAUCUCAUACUGGGGAGAAUCCAUGUGAAUGUAAGGAACUUGGGAAAGGCUUCUCUGGUUCAAAUUACUUUCAAAUAGAUGUACAAACUCAUACUGGAGAGACAGCUAACAGAUGGAAACCAUGUAAGAAAGACUUCAUUAGUUCUGCUAACCUUCACUUAUAUGAACAAACUCAUACAGGAAAGAAACCCUAUCAAUGUAAACAAUGUGGGAAAGCCUUCACUACUUCCUCUUCCCUUAAACUACAUAAACGAACUCAUACUGGAGAGAAGCCCUAUAAAUGUAUACAAUGUGGAAAAACCUACACUUUUUCAUACACACUUAAAAUACAUAAUCAAAAUCACACAGGAGAGAAGCUCUAUGAAUGUAAGCAGAGUGGAAAAGCCUUCACUCAGUCCACUAAACUUCUCUCACAUGAUUAUACUAAUAUUGGACAGAAGCCCCAUGAAUGUAAACAAUGUGGAAAGGCCUUCUGUAGUUCCUCUUACCUUCAUAUACAUGAACGAUCACAUACUGGAGAGAAGCCCUAUAAGUGUAAGCAAUGUGGAAAAGCCUUCACUGCUUCCUUUUACCUUCAAAUACAUGAACGAACUCAUACUGGAGAGAAACCCUGUGAAAGUGAACAAUGUGGGAAAGCCUUUGCUUCAGCCAGGGAACUUUACUCACACAAAAGAUCUCAUACACAAAAAAAACCCUAUGAAUGUAAGCAAUGUGGGAAAGCCUUCAUUCAUUCCUGUCACCUUCAAAUACAUAAACGAACUCAUACUGGAGAGAAGCCCUAUGAAUGUAAACAAUGUGGAAAAGCCUACACUACUUCAUCUAGCCUUCAAGUACAUAAACGAACUCAUACUGGAGAGAAACCCUAUGAAUGUAAACAGUGUGGGAAAGCCUUUACUAUGUCUUCUUACUUUAACAUACAUAAACGAACUCAUACUGGAGAGAAGCCCUAUGAAUGUAAACAGUGUGGAAAAGCAUUCACUGCUUCCUCUUACCUUAAAAAACAUAAACGAACUCAUACUGGAGAGAAGCCCUAUGAAUGUAAACAGUGUGGAAAAGCCUUCACUACUUCAUCCGGACUUCGAAUACAUAAUCGAAAUCACACUGGAGAGAAGCCCUAUGAAUGUAAACAAUGUGGAAAGUCCUACUGUACUUCCUCUUACCUUCAAGUACAUGAACGAACUCACAGUGGAGAGAAGCCCUAUAAAUGUAAGCAAUGUGGAAAAACCUUCACUGCUUCCUUUACCUUAAAAUACAUGAACGAACUCAUACUGGAAAGAAACCCUAUGAAUGUAAACAAUGUGGAAAAGCCUACACUACUUCAUCUAACCUUCAAAUACAUAAUCGAAGCCAUACUGGCGAGAAGCCCUAUGAAUGUAAACAAUGUGGAAAAGCAUUCACUGCUUCCUAUUCCCUUCAAAUACAUAAACGAACUCAUACUGGAGAGAAGCCCUAUGAAAGUAAGCAGUGUGAUUAAGCAUUCACUCAGUUCAGUCUCUUUCAAAUCCAUAAAUGAACUCCUACUGGAGAGAACCCCUGUGACUGUAAACAAAUUGGGAAAGCCGUCACUGUUUCCUCUAACCUUGAAAUACAUAAAUGAACUAGAGAGAAGCUCUGUUAUGGUUUGUAUUUGAAGUGUCACCCAAAAGCUCAAGUGAAAAAAAUGCAAAUGUUCAAAGGAGAAAUGAAUGGAUCGUGAGAGUCUUUAUGAAAUCAGUGAAUUAAUUCCCUAUAGGAAUUAACCGAGUGGUAACUGAAGUGGUAAGUUGUGGAAUUUGUUGGAGGAAUUUUGAGAUGUAUAGCAGUGUAAACUGGAAAUGGUUUAUGUUAUAUAGGGAGCUUAAUGGCUGAUGCUGGUGAGAGCACAGAAGACCAGAAUCCCUAUAGGACUCUGGACAGUAAAGACAGGAAUCAAGAGGGUUUAGAGGAAAAGGAGGACGCUAUUAGUAAUUGGACUAGAGGCCAUCCCUCUUAUGUUCUGGCUAUGAAGUUGUCUGCCUUUUGCCUGUGUCCUGGUACUUUGACUGAUUUUAAAAGUGAUGGACUUCUUAAUCUGGCAGGAGAAAUUUCUAGGCAGCAUAGCAUUCAGGCACUGGCAUGGAUAUUGCUGGCAGCUUUUAGCCAAAUUUAUUGUGAUAAUCAGUAGCAGAAAGCAGAGCACAGCAGAAAGAUUUGGAAAACAAGGACUUGAAAGACUGGAGUAUAACUGGGGCUAAGGAAGUUGCAGCUGGUAAAGACUUUACUGCCACUAAAGAAAUGCUAACUACUUUGACCAGAGACAAUAAGGAAGAUGGCCUGAGGGUAUCUCAGGAGCUGGCAAAAACCACACCAUUCUCAUGAAACUCAAGGGAGUAACAGUUAAAAUUGUCUAGAGAAGAGACCAGUGGAGCAUCCUUCUUACACAAGAGGGCCUAGGAAGUUUUUCAACAUGCUCAGCCACCCAGACACUCAGGCUGCUGCAUCCAGGAUCCGUGACUGCUUGAGAUGGUGACAGACCUUGGUGUCAACCAUGUGCUGCUCUCUCUACAGGAAUGCAGGAUGCUGAAGAUAAGGUGUUUCUGUGAAGAUAUGAAAGGAAGGCAUGAUAGAGCAGGCAACAUGCAGCAGGGUCAGAGUCCCUUUGGGCACUCCCUGACAAUUCAAGGUGUGCAGAUUUGAGGAGGAGGCUUAAGAUGCAGUGGAGAGCCCAGAGAUUAAAAAAUGCUAGCAAUGUGGAACAUCAUCCUAGGAAACCUGCAGGAACAAAGCAGUGACAACACAAUGGAAAGGUCACUUGGGCUGCAACCCACAAGGCCACAAGGGUGGAGCUGCACAAGCCCUUUGAGGAGAACAUCACAAUGCUAUGUGCCCCAGGUGCUAGACGUGGAGCUACAGGACCUCUUUGCCUAGCUGUGUUUUGGUUUACCUAUGGUCCUAUCCUUUAUUUCUAUGCCCCUAUUUUUUUAAAUUAAAAUGUUUAUUGUGUAUCUUUAUAAAUUAGUUGUAAAUAGCUUUUGAUUUUUACAGGAACUCAUAAAAUGAGUUUACCCUGAGUCUGAGAGGAGACUGUAGUUGAUCUUUGGGCAGUCUUGGAAAUGGACAAAAUGUACUUUGCAUUGGAGAUGGUUAUGGUCUUUUGUGGGCUAGGUUCGAAAUGUUAUGGUUUGCAUAUGGGAUGUCCCCCAUAUCUUCAUGUGUGAGUCAAUGCAAGAAGGUUCUGAGGAGAAAUGAUUUUGCUGUGAGAGUCUUAACCCAACCAUUGAAUUAAUUCCCUGAUAGAGAUUAACUGAGUGGUAACUUGCCCAAUCCAACACCACCAAACCUGUGGUUCUGGUGAGGGGCAAUGGGGUAUUAGAAAAAUAAAGACUCACAAAUGUAGAUUUUAAAGCAGGUGGAGUGCUGCUUUUUGAUGGAAAGAAACUCUAAAGAGUUACGCCAGCAAUCUUUAUUUAUAUGUGUCUCACGAUCAGGUUAAAGACUAUGCAAGCCUUAUUGUUUGUAUUCAGGAAAGUUGCAGAAACUAGAACAUCUCUGUAGCUUUUCCACAGUUGAAAUCCACAGUUGCAAAGUGCGAUGUUGAAAGCUUUGUGUAGCUCUCAAGAAAGUCCAUUACUUAAAGUUACUGUUAAGUGGGCAGGAGCAGAAGUGCAGGUGGUAGAACACUGUGGUUUUCCAGCAUAAGAAUUCCUGUAUUCCCAGGGACUGUUUGUGUGCGAUCAAGGUCAGAGGUGGUAGGACUUUUGCACAGAGCCUCCUCAUGCAGGGCAUUGUCAAAGCAGCUAAGCAUCCUGUGCUGUUGCACGGGAACAUUCCCAGGCAUGCCACAGCCAUGAGGUCAUCAGACACCCCUAGUCUUAGCCACUGCUCUCCCAUCCUCUGUCAUCCUAUCCUCUGUCACCACUCUCCACAUUAACUGAAUUUGUAGGAUGUGACUGGACGAUGUGGGACUUGGGGGGGGGUUGUCUUUGGGUAUAUAUUUGUGUUUAGCCAGUGGAGACCUCUCUCUGCUUCCUGAUCCUGGUGUGAGCUGCUUCUCUCUGGCACACUGUUCUGCCAUAUGUUCUGCCUCACC